AUGUAUUAUUACUAUCAUAUUGACUAACAAAUAUACGAUCAUCUUAUGCUGCACAAGAAAUUAAUUAAUUUUAACUUUAAUUUAAACUUAAACUUCUAAUUCUUCCAUUAUGAUAUGUUAAAGUUUAAGAAUGGUUCCAUUAAUUGGUUUUUAUCCAAAAUUUUAUAGAUUUGUCAUCACUUCCACUAAUAAUUAAAUUAUCAGUAUUAUUGA